UUUUGUAAAUUCCCAUUCCACUGAUGGAUUUUUAGGAUUUCUGUCUUGCUGCUGCCAAACACUACCCUACCCUAAUGAACCACUAAAACCUGUGGCCACGGAUGGAAGGGGGCCAUGCCAACCAUCAACAUCCAAAAAUGAUGUGUGGCUCACAGAUUCUGGCCGACCCUUUAGACGGAAGAGAGCAACUAGUGCGUUGUCACCACUUAGCCGAGCAAAUCUUCUUCAAGGCCUCGGGGCCUGCUAAAGAAGCCCAGAGAGAGAGAGAGCCAUGGAGUCAACAGUGGUCAUCUUCCCAAUCACCACAACAGGCCACCUCGUCUCCGUGAUUGAGCUCGCCAAAUUCAUCUCCCAGCUAAACCCACGCCUCUCCAUCACCACCCUUUUGAUGCCCAGUCUUCUAGGUCCUUCUCCAGCUUCUGCGCACACGGAGACGGUCGCAUCCACCGCCCUCAAUGUCCGCUUCGUCCACCUCCCUCCAGUUGAACUGACCGUCAACCUGCAAAAUGCCCAACCGGAGACCUUAGUCUCUCUCUGCGUUGAGAGGUACAAGCCCUUGGUGUCCGACCACCUCCGGUCACUUUGUGCAUCCACCAAGGUCUCGGCCUUCGUCAUCGAUUUCUUCUGCACCACCAUGAUCGACGUCGCUGCACAGUUGAAUAUCCCCACAUACGUCUUCUUCACCUCAGGGGCGUACCUAUUGUCCUUGUUGCUGCACCUCCCCAAAUUGGACGCCAUGAUUUCUUCCGAGUUCGUAGAAUCCACGACCAACAUAACCAUCCCCGGCAUGCCUUCUCUCCCACCACACGACCUGCUGAUGCCUCUCAAGGAUAGGAAGAACGACGCUUACAGGUGGAUGCUCUACCAUUCGCAGAAGCUGCACGAGAUUAAGGGGUUCUUAGUGAAUACGUUCGACGACUUGCAACCGCGACUUGCAGACGCCGUGCCCCAGUUGGUCGCCGGCGAUGGCGCCGGCCCCGCCGUUCUCCCUGUCGGACCGCUGUUGGCCCUUGACACGAACAAGGGAUCGGACCACGAAUGCAUCCAGUGGCUAGACGAUCAACCCGAUGGGUCUGUGGUUUUUCUAUGUUUCGGCAGUUGGGGCGCCCUCCCUGAUAACCAGCUCCGAGAAGUGGCACGUGGGCUGGAGCUUAGCGGGCAGAGGUUCUUGUGGUCCGCGCGAUCUCGGCCACCGCCCGGAGAGAUGAUUCAGUGGCGAGACGCCAAUCUGGAGGAGGUUUUGCCGGACGGCUUUUUGGAGCGGACCCGCGAUCGGGGAUUGGUUUGGCCGACGUGGGUGCCCCAAGUCGCCAUUCUCUCACACCGAUCCGUCGGUGGGUUUGUGUCGCACUGUGGGUGGAACUCUACUCUGGAGAGCGUCUGGUUCGGGGUGCCGCUGAUCUCCUGGCCCCUCUUUGCAGAGCAGAGGAUGAACGCAUUCGAGUUGGUGAACGAUCUGGGGUUGGCUGUAGGCUUGAAGAAGGAGAGCGUCGAGGACGACGCCUUUGUGAGGGCAGAGGAGUUGGAGAGGGCGGUGAGGCAGUUGAUGGAAGGUGAGGAAGGGGAGAUGGUGAGAACGAAGAUGAAGGCGGUGAAGGAGUUGGCAAGAAAGGCGGUGAAGGAAGGCGGAUCUUCGUACAAUAAUUUGAAGAUGGUGGUGGCUGAGUGGAGCAGAGACCAGUGAUUUGGCCUUCCUUCGGCCCUUCGGCAUUGUUACGAACUCGUGAUGGGCUUCCUCUGCGUUCUGCCUUGGCUGUAUCUUUUUUUUUUUUUUCACUCUCUAAUUUACUUUUUCUACUCCAUGCCACCUAAUGAAAAUGUGAUGUACCUCGGUAAUGGCAAUUUGCUUUACACUUUCU